UCAACUGUAAAUCGGAGAGAUGCAGUGGAAAAUCCUUAAAAUUUUUGGGCAGAGCUCUCCAGGAUGUCCAUCUUAAUCCUUUGGCAAACGGCAUAAUAACCAAUUUGGUCACGAACCCGCGCAAGCUCAAUGGAUCAUCAGCUUCUCAAACUACUGAACAAGUUUACAAGUACAAGUAUUUUAAAGCAAAUCCAUCUUCAGAUUCUUAUUCGCGGUUUACAAAGCAACGCCUUUGUACUGCCAAAGCUCCUCUCUUUGUCUGCGCAACUCUUUUCACUUAAUUAUGCAAUUAACAUAUUCCAAAGCUCACAAUAUCUUAAUGUGGUCGCGUAUAAUACGAUCAUCAAAUGCUUUGUAGGAAAGAACCAUAAAGGUGCACUGAGUAUUUACAAUCAAAUGAAGGCACUAAUGGUCAUGCCUAACAGCUUCACUUUCACUUUUCUUUUGAGGUGUUUUGAAUCAUUUGAAGCAUUGAGAGAUGGAAUGUUAAUACAUGCUGAGAUUUUUAAGUUGGGUUAUGGUGCUAGCAUUUUUGUACAAAAUACUCUUUUGGAUUUCUAUGCGAGAUGUGGGGGGUAUUUCGAUUUUGCCAGUCAGGUGUUCGAGGAAAUGCCUGAGAGAGAUGUGGUUUCCUGGAAUUCAAUGAUCGGUGCUUAUAUGGCUCGUGGUGAGAUCGAGUCUGCAGUUCAGUUGUUUGAAUCAAUGAGUGAGAGAAACACAAUCACCUGGAAUUCUAUUGUUUCGGGGCUUUGCAAAGCUGGGAAUAUGGAUUUGGCUCUUUCAGUCUUUGAGAGAAUGCCAGAGAGGAAUGAGGUUUCGUGGAACUCCAUGAUUUCAGGAUACGUAAGGGUAUCUAAUAUGAAAGCUGCACAGUCGAUUUUUAAUCAGAUGCCUCGGAAAACUGUGGUUUCUUGGACAACCUUAAUAUCAGGAUACAGCAUGGCUGGAGAUAUUGAAUCUGCCAUCCACAUUUUCAAUAAGACGCCACUUAAAAAUGUGGUCUCUUGGAAUGCUAUGAUUGCAGGUUAUGUUCAUAACCACAUGUUUGAUCAAGCUCUUGCCAUAUUUUCAUAAUAUGCUUAUUGACGGCGAGUGCAAGCCUGAUCAAACAACCUUAAUUUGUGUACUCUCUGCAUGUUCUCAUUGGGGUCUCUUGAACAUGGGAAGUGGGUUGAUUCUUAUAUGAAAAGAAACAAGAUUGACUUGUCAAUUCCUUUAGGAAUGCUUUGAUAGAUAUGUUUGCAAAAUGUGGAGAUGUGUAUAACUCCACUAACAAUAUUUCACAGGGAUGGCUAGUAAAUGUAUAUUUUACAUGGACAACACUAAUUUUCAGGACUAGCUGUUAAUGGCAAGUGUAAGGAAGCUAUAACUCUCUUUGAUAGGAUGUCUUUAGAAGGAAUAAAACCAGAUGACAUCAUUUUCAUUGCUGUUCUGUCGGCUUGCACACAUGGAGGUUUGGUGGAAGAAGGUAAGAGGCUAUUUGAGCAGAUGGUGAAAGAGUUUGAUAUCAAACCCCGGAUUGAGCAUUAUGGUUGUAUGGUUGAUCUUCUUGGACGAGCAGGAAGGAUACAAGAAGCAGUCAGAUUUAUAGAUAGCAUGCAUUUGAAGCCAAAUUCUGUCAUCUGGGCUACUUUGCUUAGUUGUUGUAAGAUUUCAUGGAAAUGGAAAGUUGUUAGAAGAACUGACUCGAAAAAUUCUGGAUCAAGAGCCUUCAAAUCCAGGUUACUUGAUGCUGAUCUCGGAUUUGAGUGCAUCAAUGGGAAACUGGGAAGAUUCUUCACUAUACCGUGUUGCAAUGAAACAACGAGGAAUACAAAAAGUUCCUGGUUGUAGCUCAAUUCAAGUUGGAAACAGGGUCCAUGAGUUCCUGGCUAAAGACACCAGACAUGAACAAAGAAA